AUGCUUAAAUGGUAUGAUUCUCCAAGCUUAAUAAAAAUACACUUAUCAGAUACACAUCAUAUUACUGAAAGUAUUGCAGCAAGUUAUCUGGAAGUAUUACAAAAAGGUGAUCAUAAUCUUAUUAGUAAUAUAAUUAAAGAAGAAAAUUCUAAUGCAACCUUUGAGUAUUGUAAAGAUAAAGAUUUUAUUAAAAUGAUUAAUGGAUUUGAUCUAUAUUAUAAGGUUCCUUAUUCUAAAACUCUUAAAGAUCAAAUUUCAUUAGCAAAAUAA